GUGUGUGUGUGUGUGUGUGUGUUUUGUCUGCCUUCACAGUCCUCGUGCUUGAGGAAGGCCUUCAUGUUUGCUCAGGCUCCCAUUCACAGGCUCUUGUCUGGGAUUGGUCUCCUGUAUACAUUUGGCCAUUCAGUGUGUCAUUUUAAGCCCCAUUGCUUUUCUUUUCCUACUACAUUUCACAGUUGGUUUGUUGACGUUCCUGCUUAUUUCGCAGCCAUUUUCUUGAUGUGUCCAUCUGCAUUCUCCUUCAGGUACCAUAGAUGGAUUCUUUGGAAAUUUGGGGGAUGUUCUCUUCUUUUCUAAUACAGUUUUCCUUGUUUAGGUUAUGCCUUAAUUCUUAUUGGAUAAGGUCUUACUAUGCAGCUAUAUCUGACCUUGAAUUCUAUGUUGACCAGGGUAGCCUUGAGCUUAUAGAGAUCUGCUUACCUCUGCCUGCUGGGUACUGAGAUUAAAGGUGCACCACUAUGCCCAUGCCUUAUUAUUCUCCUUGAUGUGUGGAAUUUAUUAAUAACAGUGACCUUUGCUGUGCUAGAAUUUCUGGAGCUUCUCAAAGCUAUCCCAGGAAUGUGUGUAAUGGCCUUUUGUAGUGGGAAUUCGCUCCAACCACGACCUUAGGCUAUCUGGCCUGAUAGAGGCGGUCCUGUAUCAGUGAGUCUGUUUUCCCCAUAGAACCCCUUCAUAAAUUUAUAUAUAUAAUUGAGGCUCUCGUUAUAGCCUUUGACCUGUGUUUUCAUUGGCAUUGUACCUAUCGUUCAAGUUCUAAUGCUCCUCCCAUUGGCUCUUUGAGAGAGGCGAGUCAGAAUUCAGUGUUUUGGUCAGGUCUGAAACAAGACCAGAAUUGAAUGGCUGAUCCACUCUUAACAUCCCGAGGAAGGCGCCAGAAAUUUGGAGGCUAUUCUGCAAUUCUUGCCUUGGUGAUCUCCAUGUAAGCAGGGUGUAAGCAGGUACAGCAUCAUGACUUUUCCUGCUGUCUACUGCUUUGUGCUAGGAAUGGAACCCAGGCCUCACACAUCCGAGCAAGUGUCUCUCCAACACUUGCUUUUCCCUUUUCUAUUCUGUGUCCUAGUCUUCAGUGCUGCAAGCAGCGACAGCCGGUGAAUUCCUCACAAAGGUUUAUUUUGGCACAUCCUAAGGAAAAAACAGAGACCGUGUUCAUUUUCGUGCUGGAAUUGUUUUCCACUCCAUUGCACUUUCAGCCAUAUCUCUAUGUUAAUUAUUAAUGACUGUUGUAAAGGUUUAAAACCUGAAUAAUUAAUAUACCACCAUAUACUUUGAGCUCUGUUUCAAGCCUGUGCACAAACCAGAAAAACUUUCUGUUUGAGUGCAAUGGACCCAUAGCAUCCUAUGCUGGGAUACUUGGUCUCCACUGGUGAACGGUUUGUGAAGGAUUAAGAGGUGUGGCCUGGUUGGAGGAGGUGUGUCGUUGGGGGCAAGCUUGAGGUUUCCCCAGACUCGCAUAAUCUGCACUCGGUUUCCCCUGACUUCUGCUGGUUUCUCUUCAGCUGGGGCUGAAGAAUGAGCUGUGAUUAUCAAGAGACUCGCACUACUGACAUGGAUCUAUUGCUUUCCUAGGACAAUUGCUAUUUGAUAGCUGGGACUGAGAAAUCAGCUGUGAUUAAAAAUAGACCAGAAUCACUGAGGUACUAGCUUCUGGGAGUAUUUCGUCAGUACACUGAGCUAUGGUCUAGAGGGGGUCAAGACUGAAUUUCACGCUGACAGCUGCACUUGGAACUUCUGUCAUUCACAGACGUGGCCAUUAAUUUCUCUGUAGAGGAGUGUGAAUGCCUGGAGCCUGCUCAGUGGAAUCUGUACAAGGAAGUGAUGUUGGAGAACUACAGCAACCUUGUGUUCCUGGGUCUUGUUUUCUCUAAGCCAUAUCUGGUCACAUUUCUGGAGCAAAAUACAGAGCCUUGGAUUGUGAAGAGAAAAGCACCAGCUGCCAGCCAUCCAGGAUCAAAACCCCAUAAAUGUAAAGAAUGUGGGAAGGCCUUUGAUAGAAAUUCAGUCCUUAUUCAACACCAGAGAAUUCAUACUGGAGAGAGACCUUAUACAUGUGAAGAAUGUGGUAAAUCUUUUAACUAUUCUUCCAGCCUUAAACAGCACCAAAGAAUUCAUACCGGAGAGAAACCCUACAAGUGUGAAGUAUGUGGCAAAGCUUUUAGCUGUUCUUCAUAUCUGGGUAAGCAUCAAAGAAUCCACACUGGAGAGAAACGCUACAGAUGUGAAGAGUGUGGUAAACCUUUCACUAACUGUUCAGGCCUUGUUGUUCACCGAAGAGUUCAUACUGGAGAGAAACCCUACAAAUGUGAAGAGUGUGGCAAGGCCUUUAGUGUUCGCACGACACUUUCUAAACAUCAGAUAAUUCAUACUGGAGAGAAACCGUACAAAUGUGAUGAAUGUGGAAAGACUUUUAAUGUUCACUCAACACUUUCUAAACACCAGAGAAUUCAUACUGGAGAGAAACCUUACAAAUGCGAAGAAUGCGGCAUGGCCUUUAACGUUCGCUGCAUUCUUUCUAAACACCAGAGGACCCAUACUGGAGAGAAACCCUACAAAUGUAAAGAGUGUGGCAAAGCCUUUAACUGUUCUUCCAGCCUUCACCAACACCAGCAAAUACAUAGAGGAGAGAAACUCUACAAAUGUGAUGACUGUGACCAGGCAUUUAGCUGUUCUUCUUAUCUGUAUAAGCAUCGGCGAAUUCAUAGUGGGAUGAAACCCUACAAAUGCAAGGAAUGUGGCAAGGCCUUUUACUGUUCUGUAAACCUUAUUUACCAUCAGAGAAUUCAUACUGGAGAGAAACCAUAUAAAUGUGAUGAGUGUGGAAAAGCCUUUAGCAUUUGCUCAACGUAUAUGAAACACCAACGGAUACAUAGUGGAGAAAAACCCUACAAAUGCAAAGAAUGUGAGAAAGCCUUUAAUAAUUGUUAUAAUCUAAUUCAACACCAAAGAAUUCAUACUGGAGAGAAACCCUACAAAUGUAAAGACUGCGGCAAAGCCUUCAAUUAUACUUCAAGCCUCGCUCAACAUCAAAGAAUUCACACUGGAGAAAAACCCUACAAAUGCGAAGAAUGCGGUAAGGCCUUUAACUCUUCUUCAAACCUUAAACAUCAUUGGAGACUUCAUACUGGAGAGAAGCCCUACAAAUGUGAACAGUGUGGCAAGGCCUUUAAAAACUGUUCAGGCUUUACUCGGCACUACAGAACUCAUAUCAGAGAAAAUGCAGAUUAGUGCAAACACUGUCAAAAAGCCUUCAAUAAUUGUUUAUUGAUCCUUCAACACUAAAGAAUUCAUAUGAGACAGAAAUUUUAGAAAUGAAAGGAACAAGGGAAGACCUCUAAUAACAGUUCAACCCUUAUUCAACAUCCAACAUUUCUUUCACACAAGAAAAAUCUUGUAGUGCUGAAGAUGGUGACUGUGUUGAGCAGUCUAUAUUUAUGCAACAUCAAAAAUUUACAUUUUAGAGAAUCCCUAUAAAUGCAAGUAAUGUGGGAAAUCCUCAUUAAUCAUGAGUGAAUUAUAAUCAAACUUUAUACAUGCAUAAUGACUUGGGAAGGAACAGUAAAAUAUGUAAAACUGAGAAAAGCUACUAGUAAAAAGCACUGUGUAAACAGUGUUGCAAGACUUUAGUCAUUAUGUAGACCUUAAGAGAUAUAAGGGAAUGAUCAUAGACAAACUUCAUGAAUUGUAUGUAUAGAAUUUAACAAAGCAUGAAAUAUUGCUUAUAAUUUCUAGGGGAAUUGUUGUUGUGAUAGAAAAACUCAUUACAGACUUUGGGGUCAUGCAGAUAACUCAAAUCUGUGAGGAUAUCAGUAUGUUAUAAAUCCAAAUUAUAACAUAGGCUCAAUUUUGAAAAAAUGUAAAGAUCACAACUGCUAGAUAAUUUUAUCAGAAGAACAUGACUGAAUCCUGAGGCUUGAGAGUCUGUUUUUUUCCCAGAGAUCAUACAAUACAUUAUUGGAAUAUGAAAUUUAGUGACUUUUGUAAAUAAAAAUAAGUGGUUCUUAAUGCACUGUUAAUGUUGUGUAUAGAAUUACAUUCCGCUACAGACAUUAAAAUAAAAUCUACCUUAGUGAGGUAUGAUGGCUAAUCUUGGCUGUCUACUUGACACAUCUAGGAAGAGGGAACCUCAAUUAAAGGAUUGUCUCUGUCAGAUUGGCCAGAAACAUGACUGUUACAUUUUCUUGAGUACAAUUGAUAUAGGAGGUCCCAGUCCACUGUGGACAAAACCAUCCCGAGGCUAUAUGGACCUGGGCUGUAUAAAAAAGGUAACUGAAAAUGAGAUGGGAGUAAGCCACUAAGUAGCAUUCUUCCAUGAUCUUUGCUCAGGCUCCUGCCUUCAGUUCCUGCCUUGGAUUUCUUCAGUGAUGGACUGUAAUGUGUAAAAUGAAACCCUUUCUUACCCAAGUUGCUUUUUGGUCGUGGGGUGUAUCAAAGUAACAGAGAAACAAACUAGAACAUAAGGGAUCUAGGAAACAUUUUACUUACACACUACUGAGGAUUGGUGGGAGAGUCUGUUCCCAAUGUUAAUGUGCUUCAGGUAAUUUGUAGCAUAUUAUCGUUUAUGUUAUAUCAUUCUUCAUCCACCUAUCAAUUACUUUCAUAUCAUGUGUUUUAUAGAAAUAAAGUUACACCCUUUUUGA